CAACAAAGCCCAAGAGGAAAGCGGCAGUGGGAGGGGCACAUGCAACCAAGAAAGUGUCUUCGUUGGUGAACAAGUGGAAAGCAGCCAAGGAAGAACUAGACGAGGAGAGGAUGAGGCGCGAGCAGGAAGAGGAGGAGAGGGAGCGGGCGUUGUAUGACGGGGAGGUGAUUGGCAAGGAGCGGCAGAAGAAAAUCGAGGAGUGGAAGCAGCAGCAGCUGCAGACAGGCGAGGCAGAGGAGAACGCCAACUUCCAACCACUCGCAGUCGAUUGGAGAGAGCGAGUGAAGCGGGCGAGAGGGGCGAAUCAGGCCCAGGCGGACUCGCCGCUUUUGAACGGUGCUGGUGCUGCUACAGCCGCUGCAACACCUGCUGCUACAGCCGGUAGUGCAACUGGGGAUGAUGAACAGUCAAGACAGCAGGGAGGGGGACCGGCUGCAGUGGCAGCAGGAGCAGCAGCAGUGGCAGCAGCGACGGCAGCAGUAGCAGUGGGUGCUGGAGCGAAGAAGAAGCGCAAGGGGACGGAUUUAAAGGCUCUUUCUGCUGGGCUGCCAGCUGCUUGGCAGGCGUUUUUGGAUCCCCAGUCAAACGAAGUGUAUUAUGGCAAUCUGUCAACCAACGAGACAUCUUGGGACAGACCAGUGUAG